AUGGCGUGGAGGGACGGCUACUUGGACAUGGUGCUCAUCCCGCUCGCCAUCCUCUUCCCCGCCGUGUACCACCUCUGGCUCUACCGCGCCGUCCGCCGCAGCCCGCUCAGCUCCACCGUCGGCAUCAGCGCCGCCGCGCGCCGCAUCUGGGUCUUCUCCAUGAUGAAGAACAACGAGAAGCUGGCGGUGACCGUGGUGCAGUCGAUUCGGAACGUGCUGAUGGGCUCCACGCUGGUGGGCACGACGUCGAUCCUCUUCUGCACGGGCGUGGCGGCCGUGCUGAGCAGCACCUACGUCGUGAAGAAGCCGCUCAGCGACGCCGUCUUCGGCGCGCACGGCGAGUACAUGAUGGCGCUCAAGUACCUGCUCAUCCUGUCCGUCUUCCUCCUCGCCUUCCUCUGCCACAGCCUCGCCAUCUGCACGCUCAACCAGGCCUCCUUCCUCGUCAACGCGCUCUCGCCGUCGCCGCACCUCCACCUCCCCGGCGUCACGCGGGACUACGUCGCCGACGUCAUGGAGAGGGGCUUCCUCCUCAACCUCACCGGCAACCGGCUCUUCUUCGCCGGGGCGCCCCUCCUGCUCUGGAUCUCUGGGCCCGUGUUCCCCUGCAUCUGCUCCUUGGCCAUGAUCCCUUUACUUUAUAACAUGGACGUGGUCGACGACGGCCGGAGCAGCAGCGGUGGAGCUAAUGCCGCCGUGGUCAUGGAUGGCGAGAGUGAUGAUCAGAGCAUUGAAGUCGUCUGA